AGACAACUGACACAUCUCCAAACGAGAAAGUUAUUUUUGGUCUUUUGCAGUGGGUAGGGCCACUGUUCAAGCGUAUCUUGCGUGCCCGGGACUUCCUGUGAUUUUAUUUUAUUUUUCACUUACGUUGUAUACAUCUCAAAACGGAGAGACUACAACAUAACUUGCCGCAGAAUGAAGCGAGACCAGUUUCUGCAGCUUUGCCUUCAGCAGGUCACCAACUCCCCGCUUUAGUACCGCCACGGAUCCAUCGUCGCGAAGGGUGGAAAGAUCCUGGGCCAGGGCUACAACGAUUAUCGCCAUGGCUUUAACGGCGACGCUCUCAAGACAGGAACACUUCGUAAGGCCGCAUCUCCUCACACUACCCCCAACAGGCCUACCUCGGGGUUCAUGCCCUUCGAAAUAGGCGGAGAUAGUACGGGGAACCGGUGCAUCAGCAUGCAUUCUGAGAUGAUGGCUAUACACUCCGCCCUGAUGGCACGAGAACGGCGGCCGCUGAUAGCAUGUCCAACGUUCAAUGCGGCUUCAUGCGCUGGAGCUAUGUUCAAAACACCGUAGCCCAGGAGAAAGACAAGACCAAGCCAUCAUGCAAGAAGUCCAAGAGUGAAUUGACGAAGAAGAAGCUUGGAAAGCAGCACAUUCCCAACGAUCUCGGCAAGAGAGCAGAUAACAGAGACGCAAAGAAGGACAGGUUGAGUUGUAGGCCGGAGUUCUGUCGAAUUGAAGUCACACUUUCCGACCCAGGAAUGCCCCAUUCCACGCCAAAGACAACAUUAGCCCACCACGGCACUGGCACCGGUCAUAUCAAGGCUGAGGAAGUCGACGACUCCAGAUCGUUAGACAUGCCACCGCUAGUCGACGUUGAUGCACCCUCCUCAUCACCAUGA